AUGGGCUCCAUCUCUGCUGUCGGCGCCGUCGCCAGGAUUGCGGUGCUUACUUCCGCCACUUUGGUCAACGUCGCUCCCUCGGGCAAAGCUUCCACCUCCUCCUUCUCAUCGGUCGCCGAUAAGGCCAGCGAGCUCAACGCACAACUCGAUGUCGAGCACCUCAAUCAGCAUGUCGAACUUGGCUCGGUGCUUUCGCAGCUCAAGCCUGCUGGCAAUGGUCUAAUCUCGGUCUUGUCCCACGCGCACCAGCCCACUUUCACCCGUCUGGUGCCACACCUCCCCAAGCUUGUCCACACCCCUCUCGUCUUCCAUGUCGCUAGCGCAGGCGAGCACAGCGAUAUCAUGGCUCUCCGCCAGUCGGGCCUCGUACUCCUCCACUCUUCCACUGCCGCACAGGCGCACGACCACGCCCUCCUCGCUACCAAGAUCGCCACAUCGGCUAAGCGCGCUGUCCUCCAUUUCUUCGAAGAUGCCUCUGGCCCUGUUGAAGAGGUGACCAACGUCGAUCUCGCUUCGUUUAUCGGCUCGGUGGCUGCUUCUACCAGCACCGAUGCUGCCGCUCCCAAGAUCAAUGGUCUCAACGGCCAUGCCAACGGCAUCAACGGCCACGUCAACGGCGUCAAUGGUGCCAAUGGAAACGCAAAUGGCUAUGCCAGCGCUGUUGCCAGCGAGGCUGGCUUUGACGACCUCGAGUCGGCCAUCGACGCUGCCUACGAGGAUGUUGCUGAGCUUGUCGGCCACGCUGUCGAGCCUUUCCAGCUCGUCGGGGCUUCCGAUGCCCAGAACCUCGCCGUCGUGCUCGGUGCCGGCUCCGAGACACUCCAAGACUACACUGCUCCUCACAACGACUUGGCCGUGCUCGAUAUCCGUCUUGUGCGUCCCUCGUUGCCACAGCGUCUCCUCGACACCAUCCCUGCCGGCAUCAAGCGCAUUGCUGUUCUCGAGCAGAGCGUACGAAGAACCACCAAGCUCGGCCCACUCUUUGUCGACGUAGCCUCCGCUUUCCAGGGUUCUGAGCGCACCCUCCCCUCCGUCUUUGUCAGUGCCAUCCUUGGCCAUAUUGACAAUGGCGACAAUGCUGCCAAAGAGCUUAUCAAGGCGCUCCAGGCUCCGAAGCCCAAGCAUGCUUUCAUCGUCGGUGACCUCAAGAAGCUUUCGGCUCGCGCUCAGGCUUCUCCCGCUACUGCCGCCACCACUGCUCCCGUUCAGGUGCCCAAGCACGAGGAGGCUUACAAUCUCAUGCUCGAACAGGUAUUUGCAGACCGCCUCGCGCUCGUCAACUCGGCCAACGAAGAGUCCGACGAUCACCCUGCUGCUCGCAGUCCCGAAUACGCUUUUGGCCAGGUGCUCGCCCAGCUCGAACAGCGCGAUGAGCUCAUUCGUGCUGUCAAUGAUGUCCUUCGCGAUGGCGGUGUUUCGACCGAGCUGCACGAGGCUCUCUCCCAGUGGCUUGUGGCCAAGCAGGACGUUAAGAAGAACGUCGCUUCUAGCAACAAGGUCGCUUCCCUCCUCCAAUCGUCCACUUCCGGUGCUGCGCUUCAAAACAUCAAGUCGCUCUCGGAACACCUCUUGCUCAAGAGCCGAUGGAUCGUAGGCAGCGACGCUUGGGCCUACGACGCCGGCAUGGGCGGUGUCCACCACGUCAUCGCCUCGGGCCGCAACGUCAACAUGCUCAUCUUCGAUAGCGUUCCCUACACCAAGCGAGAUGCUCAGGCUGCUCACAAGCGCAAGAAGGACGUCGCCCUUUAUGCCAUGAACUACGGCAACGUCUACGUCGCCAGUACCGCCAUUUACGCCGACUACACUCAGGUUCUCCACGCACUGAUGGAGGCCGACAAGUUCGACGGUCCCUCGGUCGUGCUCGCCUACGUUCCUUACCGUACCGAGGACGCUCCUGCUCUCGACGUGCUGCGCGAGACCAAGCUCGCCGUCGACUCGGGCUACUGGCCACUCUUCCGCUGGGAUCCCAGUGCCGAGGCGCGCGGCUCCGAUGUUUUCCGCCUCGAUGGUGUGCGUCUGCGUGAGCAGCUUCAGCAGUUCCUCGACCGCCAGAACCUCUUCACCACGCUUAUCAACUCGCGCCCUGAGCUUUCGUACGAUAUUGCCGCUUCGCAGGGCAAUGCACUUCGCGAGUUGCAGCGUCGCAAGGCUAAAGAGGCUUACGAGAAGAUGCUCGGCUCGCUCGAUGGCCCUCCUCUGCUCAUCCUCGUUGCCUCGGAUGGCGGCAACGCCGAAAAGGUAGCCAAGAAGCUUGCCGUUCGUGCCAAGGCUCGUGGUGUCGCCGCUCGUCUGCUCACCAUGGACGACUUCCCCGUGACCGAGGAGCUCAAGGACGAGAAGAACGUUGUCUUCCUGACCUCCACUGCUGGUCAGGGUGAGGCUCCUCAGAACGGUCGAUUCACCUACAAGGCGCUCCACGCCAUGGCUGACGCCGCGCUGCCGGACACGCUCAACUUUACCGUCUUCGCCAUGGGUGACAGCCACUACUGGCCCCGACCCGAAGAUGCUCACUACUACAACAAGCCCGGUAAGGACAUUGACGUACGUCUCGAGCAGCUCGGCGCUACGCGAAUGACUCCGAUUGGCCUCGGUGACGAUCAGGACGCCGAUGGCUACCAGACUGGCUACAAAAUCUGGGAGCCCUUACUCUGGAAGGCGCUUGGCGUCGACACGGUCGAGGUUAAGGAGGCCGAGCCCGAGCCCAUCACCAAUGAGCACAUGAAGAUCGCCUCCAACUACCUGCGUGGUACCAUUAAGGAAGCUCUCGUUGACACCUCGACCGGUGCCAUCCCUGAGACCGACGGUCAGCUCACCAAGUUCCACGGCACCUACAUGCAGUACGACCGAGACACUCUCGAGGAACGCAAGGCUGCCGGUCUCGAGCCUGCCUACAGCUUCAUGAUCCGAGCCCGUAUCCCCGGUGGUGUUGUGACGCCCGCGCAGUGGGUGCAGCUCGACGACGUUGCCGAAAAGUACGGCAACCAGACGAUCAAGAUCACUACGCGCCAGACGAUUCAGUACCACUGCGUCAUCAAGAGCAACCUCAAGGCUGCCAUGCAAGGCAUCAACAAGUCGAUGCUCGACACGAUCGCCGCCUGUGGUGAUGUCAACCGAAAUGUCAUGUGCUCGCCCAAUCCCAACCUCAGCGAGCUGCACGAGGAUGUCUACGAGUUCUCCAAGUCGAUCUCGGAACACCUGCUGCCGCGCAUGAACGCUUACCACGAGAUCUGGCUCGAUAAGGAGACCGACAGCUCCAAGCAGCUGCUCAUCGGUGGUGUUUUGCAGGACUACGAGCCGCUCUACGGCCCUUACUACUUGCCGCGAAAGUUCAAGAUCGCCAUUGCUGUGCCUCCACGCAACGACACGGACUGCUUCGCACACGACAUUGGUCUCAUUGCUAUCGCUGACCCUGUGACCAAGCGUCUGGCUGGUUUCAACUUGGCCGUCGGUGGUGGUAUGGGUGUCACUCACUCGAUGAAGGCCACCUACCCGCGACUCGGCAACGUCAUCGGUUUUGUGACGCCCGAACAAACGCUCGACGCCUGUCGCAUCGUCAUGCUCAUCCAGCGCGACACUGGUAACCGAGCCAACCGUAAGCAGGCGCGUUUGAAGUACACCAUCGACAAGCACUGGGGUGGUGCCGACAACUUCAAGGCCGAGGUUGAACGUCGUCUGGGUUAUAAACUCGCUGAGCCAAAGUCGUACAAGUUUGAGACCAAUACCGACUUGUACGGCUGGACGCAGGACUACAAGGGCAACUACCACUGCACGUUGUGGCUCGAAAACGGUCGUGUCAAGGACGAGCCUGGUGCGCCCUUCCGAACGGGUCUGCGCGAGCUGUGCAAGAUCCACAAGGGCGCCUUCCGCUUGACGCCCAACCAGCACAUCAUCGUUUCGGACAUCAAGCCCGAGGACAAGGACACCAUCGAUGCCCACUUGCGCAAGUACAAGAUGAACAACUGGGAGCACUCGGGUGUCAAGCUGUCGGCCAGCGCCUGCGUUGCCUUCCCGACAUGUGGCCUUGCCAUGGCCGAGUCUGAGCGAUACUUGCCCUUGCUCAUGGACAAGAUCGAGUCGAUUUUCGAGGCCAACGGCUUGCGUAGCACCGACACCGUCUUCCGUAUGUCUGGUUGUGCUAACGGCUGCUCUCGACCUUGGAUGGCCGAAGCUGGUUUCGUCGGCAAAGCGCCCGGCCAAUACGUGAUGACCUUGGGUGGUUCGCACAAUGGUACGCGUCUGUCCAAGAUCUAUCGCGAGUCGGUCGACGAGAAGGAGAUCCUCGAGAUCAUGAACAAACUCGUACCUCUGUAUGCUGAAAACCGCAUCGAAGGCGAGUCGUUUGGUGACUACGUCAUUCGUGCUGGCAUCAUCAAGCCUACCACGGAGGGCAAGGCCUUCUAUGAGGACAUGUGCCCCUCGGAUGUUGUGCCACCCAGCGCGGCGGCUAAAAAGGGUCCUGCUCAGGCCACCGAGCACUACGACCGUGCAUCUUCGGCAUGA